UCAGCAGCAUUGGCCACUGGCACAAUAUAAUACAGAUUGAUCCACAAACCGAAGAGAGGGAUUUACUUUAUUCACCUUUCAUUUCAGCCGUCCUUUAUUUUAUUGAACUAAAACAAUGGCAGACACACAAGUUGACUCCGGCUCGGAUAUCUCUGCCAAGGAUCUGAAAGAGAAGAAGCUGGUGGAGGAGAAGGAGAACGGCAAAGAUGCUGCCACCAACGGAAAGGAGAACGAGGAGAACGGAGAGCCCGACGUAGAUGAUGAAGAGGACGAGGAGGUGGAUGAGGAGGACGAGGAAGAUGACGGAGAAGGUGAAGAGGAAGACGAGGAGGACGACGACGAUGAGAUCGAGGGUGGCACAAAACGGGCAGCUGAGGAUGACGACGACGACGACGAGGACGACGUCGAAACCAAGAAGCAGAAAACCGACGAUGAUGAUUGAUGCGUUUCCCCCCCACGCCAUCCUGCUGAACCACUUCCUGAUUCUUCACCUCUGACUGUUUUUAUAUGUCACAGGUGGAGGGGCUGGAGGACUGAUUUAAAGGAAAAAAAUAAUAAUAAAAAAAAAUACAACAUGGUCAUUAGCAAGUAGAGUUCAACAAACAUCUCCCACGUCCAAACACACUCGAUCUCCCCUCAAACUGCAAAACAAAUUUUCUAGAGGAACUCGCCACCGCAUCGACACAGAAAUCCGGCUUCUCUUCAACAACAACACGAAAGGAGAAUUUGUUUGUAUUUUUAUUUACAUUUUAUAUUUUUGUACAUAUUGUUAGGGGGGGGUCAGUUUCUCUCCCAGCAGCGAUCUCGUCAGACCAAAUCGGUGCUUCUUUAACGAAAGAUUUUACUUGGUUGACCAUGUUAUGAUAUCUCAACAGAUACUAGGGAAAAACAUGUAAAAACAGUAAAAAAACCAGAAAGACAACCUCUUAAGCCGUUGAACUCAGAGCAUUCCAGUAAAUUUAAUGUAUGUACUUUAGCUGUACCAUAACUAGUUUGUUUGUAUGGGAGGGUAAGGCCAAAGAAAAGAGCCUCUUUUCUUUUUCCUUCUGAUUUUGUUUUUGUCAGCGACUUUUUGUUUUAUGACGGCCUGUUUUGAUGUAUGUGCGAAGUUUGUUGUUUGACAAUAAACCGGACUUUUAUUUUGUGAGUUGUA